AUGUCGUCCCCUGACUACUGCCCUCCCCCGACGGCCACCUCAGGGCGCUCUGGGAGUCAGAGCCUGGUGAGACCCGAGGCCCCCUCAGGCCCAGAGAGGGCGGGGCCCCGGCUCUGCCAGGCGUCAGGGGCGGGACCUGGAGGGAGACUGAGGCCUCCCACCACCAAUCCCGUUCCACCCCUGCUGUUAGCCCUGGGAAGCCCCGGAUGUGGGAGCCCGGAUGGGCUCCAGGAACCCACGGUGAGACCUUGGUCUGAGGCAGUGUCCUCGGGGCGCGGAGCGGAGGAGGCCCAGGCCGUGCCAGGAGUCAAGGCCUGUGAACUCCUACCCACACUCCUGCCUGCUGCUCUGACUAAAGCCAUCAUGGCUCCACCUUCAAAGCGUCGGCGCUACAUGCUUGAAGAAGAUCUUCAGUCCCAAAGUGAGACACAGGGCCUUGUGGGUGCACAGGAUCCCUCAGCUGUGGAGGAGGAUACUUCCUCAUCCUCCUCCACCUGCUCCUCCUCUUUUCCGUCGUCUUUCAGCUCCCCCUGUUCCUCUCCCUCCUCCUGCUAUCCUCUAAUGUCGAGCACCCCAGAGGACAUUUCUGAUGCUGCUGGGGCACCAAGUCCUUCCCAGAGUCCUCAGGCAGCCUGCUCCUCCCCCACUCCCAUCACCUCCACCCCAUUAAGCCAAUCUGAUGAGGGCUCCAGCAACCAACAAGAGGAGAGUCCAAGCACCUCACAGGCCCUGGCAAACACUGAGUCCUUGUCCCAAAACAAGAUAGAUGAAAAGGUAGCUGAUUUGAUGCAGUUCCUUCUUUUCAAGUAUAGAAUGAAGGAACUUAUCACAAAGGCAGAAAUGCUAACCAUUGUCAUCAAAAAUGACAAGGACCAUUUCCCUCUGAUCUUUAGUGAAGCCUUGGACUGCAUGCAACUGGUUUUUGGCAUUGAAGUGAAGGAAGUGGACCCCACUGGCCACUCCUUCAUCCUUGUCAGAAACCUGGGCCUCACCUAUGAUGGGAUGCUCAAUGAUGCUGAGAGUGUGCCCAAGACUGGCAUGCUGAUACUUGUCCUGAGCAUAAUCUUCAUGGAGGGCAACCGCGCCCUGGAGGCGGUCAUCUGGGAAACACUAAAUGUGUUAGGGGUGCAUGCUGGAAGGGAGCACUUCAUUUACGGGGAGCCCCAGAAGCUCCUCUACCAUGAUUGGGUCCAGGAAGGGUACCUGGAGUACCGGAGGGUGCCCAACAGUGAUCCUGCAUGUUAUGAGUUCUUUUGGGGUCCAAGGGCCCAUGCUGAAAUCAGCAAGAUGAGUCUCUUAAAGUUUUUGGCCAAGAUCAAUGGGAGUGAUCCUAGAUCCUUCCCACUGUGGUAUGAGGAGGCUUUGAGAGAUGAGGAAGAGAGAGCCUGGGCCAGAAUGGCCCCCGCAGAUGAUACUACUGCCAUGGCCUGUGCAAGUUUUAGUGCCACCAGCAGCUUCUCCUACCCCAAGUAA